CAUCAAAUUCAAGAUGGUUCAUGGGACUUCUCUGCUGGACAACCAAACUGGAAACAACUGAAUGAGAUCUAGGGCCAGCAAGGGGUCAGCAACAGGCAAAAAACAACAGCAACAACAACAACAGAGAAUGUUGGCAAUGUUCUAAACUGCCUCCUUGGAUAAGGCUUACUUUUGUUUCCAGCAACAGAAGCAAGACAGAAGCUAAUUUCAUUUUUACUAAUUUCUUUUUUGCAUGCCUUUUGUUGAUUAAGCGAACUUCAUAAAUGUAGAUAUAUGUUUAAAUAGUACUUCUAUUUGCAUUUUUUUUGGAGGAAAGGAACCGGCUCUGAGGGAACUACAUCAUCCUAGACAAUGUCGGUGGAAGAGCUGUCAGUGUCGAAUGAAAAGCUCCGAAAUCAGAUCCACGAACUGAAAGAAGAAGUGGCCUGUCUUGAUACCGAGAACCGGGAGUUGCUGAAUGAGAACAGAUGCAUCAAAGACCAGAACCAGCACCUGCAAGCGACCGCGGGAAAAUUCAAAGCCACGAUGGAGCAGAUGCAGAAGAAGGUGGAAGACAUCCGAGAAAGGAUGGAUGAGGCCCAGAUGAGGAUCGAAGAGCUGGAAAACCAGAAUAAAUCCUUGCUGAAAGGCAACGAAGAACUCAACAAGGAGUUGCAGGAAGUCUCCUUCCAAAUGGCCCUCUUCCAAGACUACAAAGAGGCUCAGGAGAAGGAUCUAUUAGAAAUGCAGAACCUCUCGACGGAAGUGAGGAAACAUCUCAAGACCCUGGAGGACAAGCUGGACGAGACGGAGCGUAACUACUACAGGGAGAAGAGACUAUCCUGUCACCUGCAGGAGAAGGUCGCAGCCCUUUUGCUCCUCAGGGAAAGCCAAAGGAAGGGCAUCAAAGAUCUCCAAGCCCAGCUGGAGACCUCUGUCCAGCAGGCCACCAUCAUGAGGUUGGACGAGGAGAACAGGGUGCAAGUGGGCUCCUUGAUGCACGAAGUCGUGGAGGCCAAGCUGGUGGACGUGGCCUUGAACAAAUCCAAGAUGCGGCGAGUCAUGCAGUGGCUCUGCAAACUGGGGAAAAUCCUGGUCAUUUUGGUGGUGGGCUGCAGCGUCCUCCUUUUCUUGAUCUUUAUGUAUACCUAUUUUUACAAUGAGGAGUUCAUCUCCGAUAUGCUCCAGGUGUUUCUCAGUGAAGAGAACAUUACAAAACUUGCGCAAGGACUUUCUUAUUACCUGACCUGGCGGAACGAGGGUCUCCUGCCAUUUUGAGCAGCAGGCUGUAUAGAUUUCAACAUUACUACAAACUGAUGGCAAUGUUAGAAAUCUAUGGAUUUAAAAAGAAAAUGUAAGAACACUAAUAAUGUGAUGUUGUUUCUUUUUUUUAAAAGUAACUAUGUUUUUGCACUUAUGCACAGGGUAUUCCAGUAAUAAACUAGACAUAAAUAGAUAAAUACAAGAA